UUAAAACUGGUUAUUAUUUUUAUGUUCUAUAGUUAUUUUACGAUCACAAUGUGCUUUUGUUGAAUUCAGUGAGACCAAGUGAUGGUGAUGAUUAUUUCGUACUUGAUAAUUUGUUCUGCGACAAAGCCUGCAGUCCAAAGAGAAGCAGCGACGACAUACCGCGAAUGAUUUCACAAAAAAUCCCAGUAAAUUUUCAUAGAACAGCUAAAUUAAAAUUGUAUUUAGAUAAUCUAAUAUUAUGUGAUAACGAGUGUCCACCUGUGUAGUGUUAUAGUUGUUUGUAGUCGGCCAUUUUGUUUUGCAAGAUGGGCGCCAUUUUGAAUGUGUUCCGAUUGAGGAUCGGCGGUGUUUUGGCGCAAGUAGUGGUGCUACUCAGUUUAGCAGUUUAUUCUUCAUAUGGUGGCGGGUGCACGUUCCCCGAAGGCUGGACCGGCAGGUGGUUCCAGUCGGGCAACAACGGCCUGAUCGACAUCAACUCAACCCACAUACAGUCUAAGGGUGAAUGCUCCGAGACUGAGUCGUACGACAAGUUCCUGCUAUACGACAGGAGCGAAGACUGUUACAGGUGUAUGGUUAUACAUGAAAAACAUAAAUAUGUACUACAAUAUAAAGAAACGUACUGUUCACCGAAGGACUCGUUGUCCACAAUAUGCGAGCUGAUCAGCGGAGACGCGCCCCUCUACUCUAUGUUCCGCAAGGAGCCGCGGCCUGUCCCGCAGCAGUGUCCCUUCCACCCGGCGCCGUUUACAUUUACAUACAAUCGCGGUUCCAGCGACUGCACGAACCCACCGUCGCGCGCGGAGUCGUGCACGGACGACUCGCGACUGCUGCUGCGGUACAUGGCCUGCCCAGACGUGCCUGGCACUGAGAGUAAUAUCGAGGAGCUAGUCUGUCUGGCUACGUGGAAGGAGGGCUCCACCAGGUACCUGGUGGGGAAGAUAGCACAGGUGCAGCGAAGGAAUUCCAUCGUCUCCGAUGAAGAUACAUACAGGUGCUUCAUCUACAAGGGCCAGCACAGCGACAAGAGUAUGACUUACUACAUCGCGCAGUCGGGCGACGCCACCUGCAACGGACUGUCCUCGCCCACCGACGGCAGCCGCACCAUGAAGCUCACUAACAGUGAUGACGAGCACAACCGUUGCCACUUCCCGAGCUGGAUUGUUGAGCACCACAAGUGGUACAGCCUGGACCGCACCCACCAGUAUCGGUUCACCACCAAGAACGCCACGCUCAAGAUAAUGAAUGAGGACGGCUCCGUGGACGAGAAGCGAUUGGUGUGCCACUCCAUCCUCGAGCACAAAGACAAGAAGCAUAUCACCCUCAUCGCCCACGUCACUAUGGGAUGUGAGUCUGGACACGCGUGCCUCAAGUUCUACCGGCGCGAGGGCAACGUGCUGGAGCUGCAGCCCAGCUCCAACCUGACGGAGCUCGCGCAGGACGCCUGCACCGCCGGACACCAGAUGCCCUACAUCACGCUCAUCACGACGUCCCUGACGCCGAUGCGGUGUCCCAUCUUCGGACGGUACUCCGUGCUUAACUCGCUGGCCGACCGGCGCCAGCGGCGGCAGCAACUAGCUAUAGGCGCGGCGGCGGAGGGCUCGGGCGGCGGCGAGGAGGCCGGCCGGCAGUGCGCGCCCGGCGAGCACGACCGCGCCAGCCUCGGCUGCGGCGCCGCGCAGGACUCCAUCGAGUUCAAGUCGCCCUGCGGGGACUCCACCGUGUACACGUGCUACGGCAGCUGGUCGGAGGGCGGCGUGGGCUUCCUGAUCGCGGCGCCCGUCGCCCGCUCGUCGCUGCACCCGCGCACCUUCUGCUUCAUGUACUCCACCGCCGCGCGCAACGAAACAGCGACAGCCGGCGCUGGCGGUAACGGCGGCGGCGGCGGCGGCGCGCCGCUGCUGGCGCUGUCGGCGGUGUCGCGCUCGUGCAACCGGAGCAUGGUGCCGGGCCGCGACGGGGACAAGGCGUACAACCUCACCAUCAACGGCACGUGCGAGCAAAGCAGCAAAUACAACAGCCUGUCCCACCGGCUGGCGCCCGCCGCCGCACUAGUUGUAGCACUCAUCGCCGCAUGCGUCAGAUGAUACCGCUGUUAAUCGCACGGACGGGUUUGGACGAGCAUCCGGCGCAGUGUCGGCAAGGGCCGCCAUUGAACAAUUGACAACGACAAUUGUUGAUUGUAAUUGUCAAUUGUCAACAAGUUUAGUUCGCUUGUACGCAGGAUAGGUUUUUUUAUUAUCGUAGCAAAUAAUUGAGCAAUACCAGGUUGCAAUUGUCAAUCGGAAUUUGUUAUAUUGUGAUUGGGUGAAAUCAUUGUUGAACUUUGUUUUGCGGGUCCAAAAGUUAUUGUAGUAUCAUCAUUAUCAUCAUCAUCAUCAUCAUCCAAGCCAUUGAUGAACAUUAUAGUAUGUUCUAGAAUUAUCCUAAUUAUCCUCUGAAUUAUAAAAAUCGUAGAUAUGUCAUUUUAUAUACGAGUAUGUAACAAGUAGUGUACUCAGGAAACUACCUACAUAGUAAUGUGAAAGAAUGAACGCCAAAUUGAUAUAAGCUUUACGAUUGGACACAAAUUUUAUAUGGAAUGCCAAUUUGUUUUUUAUUCUACCCCCAUCUUUUUAAAAACUUGUUUCUUUAUAAAGAAAUUUGUUCACUAACAUAUUAAUAAUAUUCUAUUUUAGCUUGUAUAUUGGGCGUAACAGGUAAUAUUAUAAAUGCUUUAGUUUAUAUGGACGUUACUCUUACAUGUGAAAACUACUGAAUGGAUUUGAAUGAAAUUUGGUACACGGAUAGGUUAUAUCCUAAUUUAGCAUAUUAUAUAUAUAUAUAUAUAUAUAUAUAUAUAUAUAUAUAUAUAUAUAUAUAUAUAUAUAUAUAUAUAUAUAUAUAUAUUGCUAUAUUACUUUAUUAUAUAUUAUUUAGGGUACUUUAUGUGCCGAUUCACGCGGGUAACGCCGCGAAAUACAGUUGAUAAUAGAUAACUAUGGAUUUCUUGUAGGAAAGAAUGAUUAGGAGAGAAUUGGUUUUUUAACGUCUAAUUCUACAUUAUUAUCGUCAUAUCAGCCUUUAACUGUCCACUGAACAUAAGCCUCCCCCUUGGGGGGGUGGGGGGGUUUUCCAGUAGCUGUCACGCAGUUAGGCUUUGGAGAUGUUUUAAGAGGGAUGUUAUAAGAGGUCCAUCUCUCGCCUUCCACUACCCGAAUAGGGAGGGAUGGGCUAUUCUAUGACCACACGGCGGGUAUAAUUCCACGUUUCAUAAUAAUAAUAAUAAUUGUGAUUGACAAUUGUAAUUGUAUUGAUAGUAAAAUUCAAAUGCGAAAUCUCGCCUCAAUUUGACUAUAGUGAAAUUGUAUUCAUGUAUUUUUAAUUUGAUUUCUUAUUUAACAAAUUUAAUCUGAAUUCAAACAGUGCAAUGAGUAUUGUAUGAAUUCAAUGUUACCAAUAUAUUGAACUUCAAUUAAUAAUUUAACUCAAUAAUUGUUGUUAUUGGGAAAUAAUCUAUAUUACUAUGGACUUGUUCAUAAGAACAAAAACCGUCUGCAGACCAAUUUUAAUUGUUUGUCUCUUUCUUUCAAAUUAAGAAGUUAACUAAAAAGAAAAAGAUGAAACAUUUCAAUAGGUUAAAUUUAUUAAACAUUUGAUGUUUUUAUUGAAUAAGGUGGCUAAAAUGUACCACUGUAUGUGGUAUGUUUAUUUAUUUAUUUUUUUUAUCAAUCUAUGAAUCACUGCGUACAUUUUCAUUAAAUAUUUCUAAUGGUUGAUCUCGUCCAAACCCAUUUUUUACCUGUAGCGUAUUCGAUUAAAAUUGGUGUUGCUUUUAUUGUGAUAAUAAUCAUGGUUGGGAAAAUCUUACCAAUGAAACUUACCAGUGGCUCACCAAAAAUGUUUUAGCAUUUUUAUUUUCGGCAGCUUUUCCUUUUGGAAAAAAAGUAAUAGUGCGGCUAUUUUGAGUCUUUCUACUUUUAUAGUAGUAUGUUUAAAUUUUUUACGUGCAAGUAUUGCUACCACAUUUAUAAAUUACAUUGACAGAUAUUGUUUUUGCAUAAAUAAAUUAGAAUAUUAGACAGGUAAAGAAUUCAAUAUAAAGUUAAGAAUUGAACGAAUAACUCGUGUACCAUAAAUCGAAAACCAGCUAAGGAUAAAAGUUCUUUAAGGAUAACAUGGUUUUUUUUAUUGGAUGCAAAUAGUGACCCCGCCUGCGCUGUGAGUAUGAAAGCAGGUCAGUUGGCCCAUCGUGACUAAUUCAACAUUAACCACGAUAGUUUCCAGGGGAAACUGAGUGGAGGUCGAGCUGAUUUUUUGAUGAUUAGUUUACAUUUCAUCUUCAUCAUAUCAGGCGUUAACUGCUUAACAUAGACAUCCCCCCUGGAGAGGUCUACCAGUAGUUGCCACACUUGGCAGGCGGAUUGGUAUUAGUUGACAGUUAGGUUUUGGUGAUGUUUUAUCGACCAUUCUAUUUCCCUAGUCGCCUCUUACGUUACCCAUGGAAAAGGAAGGGUAGUUUAGAUUUUUAUUAUUAUAGCUUUUUAUCCACUUCAGUUGUCCCCAAGGGUAAAAGCCUCCUCCAUCUUUUUCCACUUCUCCUUAUCUGUAGCAUAUAUUUGUCCAGUUUUUUCCUGCUGUCUUUAUUAUGUCAUCUGCCCAUCUCUUUCUUUGCCUUCCAACAUUUAUUUUUCCUGCUGAACCUCGCCAUUUUGUUGUUUAGAUUGUGGGUUGUUUAAUUUUCAGAUAAUUAGUAACUUAUAAAAGUGGUAGUAUUACCCGUACGUACAGUUUUAUUUAAUUUUUUUAUAGGGAAAAAAGAACUUUAUGCAAUGACGCAUUAUUGUCCAUAUAUAUAUAUAAUUAAUUUCUAGGUUAAGUGGCAACUAAACAAUGUUUAAAGAAACGAAAAAACACGUGAUGAAUUUGUAAAUAAAAGAUGGUAUAAAGUUGGUAAUGAGAAAUGCGAAAUGCGAUUUUUAAUAUCGUUACUUAUGUAAUUUUAAAGUUUCUUAUUUUAUUUUUAAUACAUACCUAGACGUAUCCACGAGCCGCCGCCAUAUUGGAAAACAAAAUGGCGGCGGCCGAUUGUACAAUAUAUUAUAUUAUUUAUAGAGAAAACGCUUCGGGGGUAUACAUUUGUAUUGUAUACAAAAUACUAAACAGAUAUUAAGACUAAAUUAGAUAGAUAUAAAUGUAGAAAAAUUAUGCUCAGCCAUUAAUUUCUUUUUUGUUUUAUUAUUAUUAUUUUUGUUUUGAAAACGUCCAAUGAGUUUUUAGUGAAUAAGUUUAAUUUGCAAUUAUUGUUAAAGUAAAAACGGAUACUGAAUUUUAUUUCAAUAUUUACUUCUUUAUCGAGAUUGUAUUUGUAUGUUUUCGUUAUCAUAUGCAUGAGCUAUAGCGAGACAGCAACGCCUUCUGCCUUGUUUUUCCUCAUGCUUGUGGUAACGAAAACGUUUCUACCGAUAGAUGCAUGUAUUCUUAUACAUAAACAAUAGACUUCGGGAUGUGAAGCUAUUAUUUAAUUAAUUGAUCAGUUUCAUUUAUAUGGAAAAUAUAGAAUACUUAUGUACCACAAAACAGGUAUGUGGCCCGCCUGAUGGUAAGCGGUACGCUGUUUGUGGGAGACACCAGUGUCCAUUAAAAAUUCGGGUCCGUUUUUAUUGUCUUUAAUUUAUUUCCUUUAUUAAAAUACAGUAAGCUUCAUUUAAAAUUUGCGUUUUAAAAGUCAAUGCUAUCACAAUCUUGACCAACAGUAGUUUUAUAAAAAAAAAUAUAAUUGCUCAUACGAAAAUAGUUUGGAAUUUUAUUUGUGAUAUAAAAUUAAUUUAAGGUUAAAUAAAAAAAUAAUAAAUAUGUAAAUAUUCAUUAGAAUGAAGUUCCUGACUCACUAUUUCUUUCCGGGAUCCUUUGUGAUAAUAUAUUCUGCAUUUCUUUUAUAGUUUUUAAGUCUCGAGAAUUGAGUAUGUCGAUGCUUGCCUACGAACCUACGUUUUAAUGCAAAUCGAGUACACGUGAGACUGGGUGGCAACGAAAUCAAAUCUAUUAACGAUACGUCCACGAAAUAUACAAUAGAUUUUAUAGCUCAAAUGUAAUUUAUGUCACAUCAUAAUAUGGUUAAUAUUUCAUAAUAUUUAUUUAUAUAGACAACAUAAGGCCCAUUUUGUUAGUUAUUUUUUUAACCUAUGUUAGUAAAUGAGCGGUCAUGACGCUCUUGCAUUGAUGACCUGUCCCACCCAAUAUUUUAGAAUGGGACAGUCCAUUUUACAGGCAAUUGUCUUCAGAUUAAUUUAAUUAAAAAAUGUGUAUGACAGUGUGUGCACAUUAGACUCUAAUGUACCUAAUUUUAUGAACCGACCAAUGAGAUAUAGAUAUGAUACAUUUCGAAUGCUUUUCUACUUAUCACGAUAAAGGUCUCAUAGUGUGGAGGUUACACGAUUUAUCGUAAUGUAUUAUUAUUAUAAAACGACUUGAUAUUUUACUAUUACAGUAUCAUUAAUUCGAUUUAAAUUUAACAUUACAAUAUUGUUAAUUUAAUUUUGAAAUAUUGUUAACUUCAGUUAAAAUUAACGUUACAAAUCAUUAUCAUGAUUUUUUUUAACAAUUUAGUGUCUAUAAUUACAAUUUCAUUAAUUUACACCUACGAUGGAGGCCUUUAAACAACGAUGAAACACGAAAACAUAGAAUCAUGUGUGAUGUAACAUUAUUUUACAUUGUGCGCACGUUUACAGUACAUUAUAUUAAUUAUAGCGCCAUUAUCAUGCAGUCUUACGUAGAUUUGAUUGUUUAAAGAAAAGUUAUAAAUUAUGUAGCCCAAAAGACUAUUGUAAAUAAAACUAGUUCGAUAAUUAUAUACAAUCAAUAUUUUAUAAGUGUAAACGCAUUUUUUAAAUACAGGACAGAAAGUAUUAAUUUAUAAAGAAAAUAACCGACGAUAAUAAAUAGCUAUAGAUCAUUGAAUGAGAAAUAUAUUUAAAAAAGAACUUUUCUAACCGCCAUUUUUAAAUGUUAAAAUACUUUUUUUUUUUCAUAUAAAAAGGUGUUAAGUGCACGAAAUUUUAAAGUAAUUUCACUUAGAGUUAAGGCAUUUUUAUGGGUUAUUCUUUUUUUUUUAAUUAUUAUUAUUAAUAAAUAAGAAAUUUCACAAUGUGAAUAAAGUGCACUAACGAUUUAUGUAAAAAAAAAAUAAUAUACUCUAUGGGAUUUGUAAUUUAUCAGCUUGUAAAUAUAUAUUUUAUUUUUAUUUAUCAGCUAUAAAUGUAUUUUUGUGAUAUCAAUUUCUUUGGCUUUGGACUCCAUUUUGUGUAGAUAUUAUGUAUAAUUAUAUAUAUUAUAUUAAUAGCAUUUAGGUUUAUUUCGUCGUUUUGCUUUUUUGUGAAACAGUUGGUCAUGCCAUGGGAUACGAUUUGUAACUAUUAAUGUGUAAGCCUAUUAUUAUAUUUUGAUUACUGAAAUAUAUUUGAAAAUCAA